AUUUCGCUUGCAGCGUUGUGGAGUCUUUGAUUCGUGGAAAAGGUGGUGUGCACUCCGUCAGUUUGCGAAGACCUUCGAACGCUGCGUCGCGGGAGCAGCUCGGGCGACAUGCGGCGUUGCGUUUUCAGAUCACAUUGUGCGGGACUACAGGAUGUUGCAGCACCGCGCAAAUCAGUUUCUUCAUGCCCGAGGAGCUGAGAGCGCGAACAGAACUACAGGUAAACUACAGAUUCAUCUACCAAAGUACGCAGCGGAGCAAAGCCAAUACUUGAUACCUAGGAAAAUCGAUGAGGCCGGACCUGGUGGCCCAAGCGCUGGCCAUGACGCGACACCUUUUUCUAUACGCCACAGCUCGCUCCUCUACGUGCGGCGCGACCAGCACCUUCACCUUCAGACUGAAGGAGUCAGCCUAGAAUCAAAAUCGACAGCGGCGCCAGCAGGGAGCAAAGCAACGGAUGACGAGAGCUCUCUUGUUCCUACAUCGGCUUCAGAUCAGGAGAAGGAGCCUGUUCUUGAUGCCAACACGGUCAUGCGUUCAAGUCUUGCUUCGGCAGCGCGUUUGCGUAUUGGUGGAGCCUCUUUUCCGGGUUCUUCUAUAGCUGCUAUGACAGGGGUGGGCAACAUCCGCCCAUCUGGUCACAACGUAAAUGGUGAUGUGAAUUUCAGUCAGAGUGCUUCGAGUUCGUCUCGACAUCAAGACAUUGGCGCGGCUCCGUCGCAGGCGGAUGAUGCUAAAGAAUCUGUGGAGGGGGAGCCAUUGGACAUUCGAGACCUCGUAGAGACGAACCUGGUCAAUUUCCGUCCUCGGGUGCUCGCAGAGUACGUGGAGCAGUGGAAAGAGUGGGCUUUGGCCCGCCAGAAUGUUUCAGCCGCACGCCAGUUCUGUCGGCAGAGGCGCUUGCGCAACGCUUUAUGCACUUGGCACGAGGGUUUGGCGACGACGCGCCUAUAUCGUGUCGCAGACACGCAGGUCUUGCGGAAAACUUUCGUUGCUUUCAUGGAUGGAGUAGAGGUAAAAAGAGCACUCCGGCUGAAGCAGGAGGUACUCGCGAAGCUGCUGGCUAUGCGGCGGUGGCAUUGCCGUACCCGUGGGAACGCUCGCGGUCGGGCACUUGCCUUUCGCGCUCGACGAUUCCGACAGCGGUCACUUCUUCGCGCUUUUUUCACGCGCGCUUGGCGGCUUGGCUAUCACAUUCCGCGCACGCACAUCCUCGAGACGGUUUUCCCAGCACGAAUACGUGUCGUAUCUAUGCGCUUGUGUCGGAAAAUGCUGACACUAUGGCGCGAGGAAGCGGUCGUGCGUGCGCCAGCAGUACGGCGUUUGUGGCAAGCGCGUGUGCUAACGCGUUGGCG